CCGUCGCCAAAAUGUACCUCCUCAAGUCCUUGCUGGUGGCCGCGUCCGCCAUUGCCACCUGCGAGGCCCUCCCCUCUCUCCAGGCCCGAGACAUCACCACACAACAACUAGACGACUACAGCUUCUGGGUCCAAUACGCCGCCGCCGCCUACUGCGAACCCAACUAUGUCUCCAAAGCUGGCCACAAACUAACCUGCUGGGCGGGAAAUUGCCCCCAAGUCGAGGCCUCCGACGCCACCAUCCUAUACGACUUCUCCAACACCACCUCCACCGACACAUCCGGCUUCCUCGCCGUGGACACAACCAACCAAGCCAUCGUCCUCUCCUUCCGCGGCUCGUACUCGAUCCGCAACUGGCUCGCAGACGCGACCUUCUUCUACACGGACCCGAAACUCUGCACGGGGUGCGAAGCGGAGCUCGGCUUCUGGAGUUCCUGGACCAACGUCCGCGACAACAUCACCACCAUCCUGACCCCCACAUUGACCAAAUACCCAGACUACGAGCUCGUCAUCGUCGGCCACAGUCUCGGCGCCGCCAUCGCGACCCUCGCAGCCGCGGACCUCCGCCACAGCGGCCACAAAGCCACCUUGUACGCGUAUGCCUCGCCACGCGUGGCGAACCCAACCCUCGCCAAAUACAUCACGAACCAGAACCAGGGAGGGAAUUAUCGAUUCACGCAUACGGAUGAUCCCGUGCCGAAUUUGCCAUUGCAGGUGAUGGGGUAUGCGCAUGUGAGUCCGGAGUAUCAUAUUACGGCCAAGGGGAAUUCGUCGGUUAGCACGAGUGAGGUCGUGGUGUAUCAGAAUGGGGAUGAUCCGAGGGGGAAUACGGGACUACUAGGGAUUCCGGAUUUGUUGGAUGUCGAUGCGCAUCAUUGGUAUUUUGAGCGCGCGGAUGGGUGUUUGGGGCCGGGGUUGCCGUUCAAAUAAUGGCAUUGGAUGAUUGCAGAAAUUCACUGGGUACUAAGGGGUUGGGUUGGAGAUGCAUCGCCGGGAUUGGCCUGGGUGGGACGUAUAU